AUGCCCCGCCUCCCCACGGACUCCGACGAUGAGCACGACGACUUCCUAGACCAAGGCCGUCGACGCGCCCGCCGCAUCCUGCAUGGCUUCAUCGACUUUGCGUUCCAGGGCAACGUGCUCGAGAUCGCGUUCGGUUUGAUCCUGGCCUCCAUGUUCACCGCCCUCAUCACAAGCCUGGUCAGCGACAUUUUGCUCCCGCCGUUGUCGGUGCUGCUGCCGCUUAAUAAGAACUUGGAGGAGAAGUUUGCGGUGCUGCAGGCGGGGCCGAAUCGGCCGGCGGGUGGGGGGUAUAAUACGCUGAAGCAGGCGCAGGAUGAUGGGGCUGUUGUUAUGGCGUAUGGGUUCUUCCUCAAUCGACUGCUAAACUUCAUGGGUGUGGGUUGCUCUCUCUACGGGCUUGCGGCGAUAUACCAGUACUUUUCCAAAGACCCCAUCAUCAAGCACACGGUCAAGUGCAGGUAUUGCCGGAAGAGGAUUAACGAAAAGGCUGCCCGCUGCGUCAAUUGCUCGAGUUGGCAAGACGGUAGGGAGGAUCUGGUUCGUGAACCGGGUCCGUCCACUUAA